AUGUUCUCGACUGUUUGGGCCUGGGUCCUUCUAUGCGGCGUUGCUGCUGCCCUUGCUUAUCGACGAUCAGUUUCCAAGCUGUCUGGAAUCCCCUUGGUUGGAUUCGAAGUUAAAGACCCUAAACAACGAAAGGGACAAUACACCUUCAAUGCUCCCGGUAUUGUGCAGACAGGAUACGAAAAGUUCAAAGACAGAAUCUUUGGCGUGGAUACAGCAGAUGGUGUCAAACUCAUCUUUCCGCAUCAAUAUGUGGACGAAAUCUCGAAAGAGCCAGGACUUAGCUUCCAAAACUCCCUCGACGAAGAUCUAUUGAUCGAUUACACGUACAUGGGCGGACUGAAGCAGUUUGCAUUGUCUACCUUCAAGCGGGAAGUCACACCUCAUCUUCCCAUGUUCAUACCUGACUUCAUUUCACUUAUUGACGGUUAUAUCCCCAACGCACUCACUGAAUCCGAAGAAUGGACUUCGGUCAACAUCUAUCCGAAAAUGCUCCGUAUGCUUGGCAUACUCACAGCAAGAGUCAUGAUUGACAGUGAGGCCCCUCACAACGAGACUUGGGUGACUCUGACUACCGAGUAUCUGCAUGCUGGGGUAAGGCACGCGCAUGCUUUGAAGUUCUGGCCUCCAAUGCUAAGGCCGGUCGUCCAUCGAUUUGUGUCAGGAUACGCCGAGGUUCAGAGGCAGCUCAACCUCGGAAGGUCGAUAGUUGUCGACGCUAUCCGCAAAAUUGAUGAGCGAGAGAAGAACGGCGUACCAGAGCCCCAGCCGACGAGUGUGCUUUACCAUAUGUCUCGCAAAGCACCAGGUACUUCUUCCGCGGUCAUUGACAUGCAUCUCAAGGAGCAACUGAAUCUGGCUGUGGGAGGAAUACACACCACCUCCGCCGUGCUCACCCAAACGCUUUUCGAACUUUCGGCACAUCCAGAGUAUAUCCCAGAGUUGAGGAAAGAGGUGAUUGAUACUUUGAUCAAAUUCAAUGGUCAAUUCUCGAAAGCUGCUUUGUGGGAUAUGCACAAGUUGGACAGUUUCAUUCGCGAGACUCAUCGCCUGAACUCGCCGAACCUCACAACUUUACAGAGACGCGCUAUCCAGGAUGUCACCCUCUCAGAUGGUACCUUCAUCCCGAGUGGUACAAAACUCGAGUUUCCAACGUUCGCCAUCCACCGUGAUAGUGAGUUCUUCGUUGACGCUACUGAGUUCGACGGAUUCAGAUUCUUGAGACUGCGUCAAGAAGAUGACAAAGAUGGCGGAAAGCAUCACUAUGUCAGCGCUCGCAGAGACAUGUUGGGCUGGGGUUUUGGCAAGACGGCAUGUCCUGGGCGAUUCUUAGCCGAUAUCGAGAUCAAGCUGAUUGUCGCAUUCAUCCUGAUGAACUACGACAUCAAGAACCCGGACGGCCAAGGCAGACACGCGCAUAUUCAUUUUGAGAAUCAGGUUUUCCCUGACCCCGUCAACCCAGUGCUCAUGAAGAAGAUUUUGCGUGAGGACAUUGACGGAAAUGGUUAUGUGAGACAGCAGAACAAGGUACUUCACGUGAAUUCCCCGGAUCAGAGAGUGAUGAUCAACCUUUCUUGA